GCCGGGCCCCGCCGCCGCAGGGGCAGCGCCCGGAGCGGAGGCACCGCAGCCCCGGCCCGGCGCCCACCCGGAGGCACCAUGCCCAGGUCCUUCCUGGUCAAGAAGGUCAAGCUCGAUGACUUCUCCCCGGCGGAGCUGGAGGGCUCGUACGGCAGGUCCCGCAACGACUUCGGCUCCCGGCUGCAUGACAAGGCCGCGGGCGGCUACAUCGGCGACUACAUCCCGCCCGGCGCCUACGAGGGCGAGAGCGAGAGCGCCAUCAAGGUCCCUUCGCCCGAGCCCAUCUACCCGGGCGCCCACGGCGACUACGGCGCGCCGGACUCGGACCAGCCCGACAGCCCGCACUCGGGGCUGGCGGGCGGCUACAUCAACGGGGACGCGGCGGUGAGCGAGGGCUACGCGGUGGACGCCUUCUUCAUCACGGACGGGCGGUCGCGGCGCAAGGUGGUGAGCGGUGCCCGCAGCCUGCAGCGCCACACGUGCGGGGACUGCGGGAAGACCUACGCCACCUCGUCCAACCUGAGCCGCCACAAGCAGACGCACCGCAGCCUGGACAGCAAGAUGGCCAAGAAGUGCCCCACGUGCGGGAAGGUCUACGUGUCCAUGCCGGCCAUGGCCAUGCACCUGCUCACGCACGACCUCAAGCACAAGUGCGAGGUGUGCGGCAAGGCCUUCAGCCGGCCCUGGCUGCUGCAGGGCCACAUGCGGUCGCACACGGGCGAGAAGCCCUUCGGCUGCGCCCACUGCGGGAAGGCCUUCGCCGACCGCUCCAACCUGCGCGCCCACAUGCAGACUCACUCGGCCUUCAAGCACUUCAAGUGCAAGCGCUGCAGCAAGACCUUCGCCCUCAAGUCCUAUCUCAACAAGCACUACGAGUCCGCCUGCUUCAAGGGCGCCGGGGGGCCCAGCCAGCCCGGGCCCCCCCGCUGCCCUCCCGCCUGCAUCAAGUCCGCCCGAGGUUGCUUUCGCCGCUUCUUUUGUUCCUUCGACAGCCCCAAGCCCGUGCCCACCGGCCUGGGCAGGGCAGGGGGCGACUGCGGCCUUGACCGCCCCCCCAGGAUGCAUUGAUUCCCCGCGGGGGGAGCCGGGGGGGGACCCGGCUCCGGCCCCUGCUGUUGCAUGGUCGUCUUGCUCCCCAGCCGCCUCUGCAAGUUCGUUGCCAAGUUUCCUUCCUUACUAUGCCAAAGUCUUCGUCACUUUUUUUGGAGAGAAAAAAAAAAGACACACAGAAAAAAAACCCAGCCACCUCGAGCACGGAGCCGCGCUUCCUUCCUGCCUCUCCCAGCCCUUGGGUUUCUUUUCCUUUUCUUUCUUAUAUAUAUUUUUUUUGCAUGCAAAAAGAACCAGACAAAUGAAAACAAAGCAACAGAAGCAACCAG